AUGACGUCGCUGCCUUCCGUGCCCAUGGACGCGCUCCUCGAACCGCCGCCGUCGACCUGCGACCCGCUCGACGCCAUCUUCAACCUCCAGCGACGGCGCAGCAACAGCGAGCGCCAGCGCCGGACGCUGCUCGACAUUGCGAGCUCGCGCUCCUUUCGCCAGGUCGUGCGCUUUGCCAGCAUUGAUGCGGACCUCAUCCAGUGGAAGAAGCGCACGGUCGAGUCGGUGCGCACGGCGAGCCUCCGCGCGAUCCACCUCCAAGAGAAGCUCGACAUCAAGCGGCAAGCGUCUGUGCGCCAUCUCGACACGGAGCGCGUGACGCUGACCGAGUGGCAGCAGCCGCACGACGUCGAUGACGACGACGACGAUGACUGGAGCGACGCCGCCCACACGCUCCUUUCGAUUCCUGCCACAUCGACGCCAGCGCCCGUCAUCAAAGACGAAUACAAGCCGAUCGUGCAUCACUCUGGCUGGCUCAUCAAGCGCGGACAUCGCAACUGGAGCUUUAAGCGCCGACUCUUUUGCCUCGUGGGCCAUGAGCUCGUGUACCACGACUCGCAUCAGUCGGCGCCGGCCAACGUCCUUGGCAAAUUUGACUUGCGCAAGCCCACGUCGGCGUGUGAGCUCGCAAACCAUGGGUUCACACUGCGCCAGGGCUCGUACGAAAUGUUGUUGUACGCGUCCUGCGACGCCGACCGCGACCUCUGGCUCCGCAAGCUCGCCGAUUGCAGCAACGUGACGCUGCUGGCCGCGCGGCCGGCGGCGUCUUCGACCUCUUCGGCACAUGACAACAACGAUGUGCUCUUGCACGCCGGCUGGCUCCGCAAGCAAGGUCAGUUUAUGAAGUCGGUCAAGCGGCGCUACUUUCGCUUGACAUCCGGCGCGCUGACGUACUACCGCGGCCCCGACGUCGUCAAAGCCAAAGGCAGCGUCGGCAUUGGCCCAAACACGUCGGUCGCCCUCUUUGAUACGCGCAAGACGGGCGAGCGCCACAGCUUUUGCAUCACCGAAAACACAUCGGCGAAGCGGUCCCGAGUCCUCACGGUGUUUGCCGACUCGCAAGAAGAUCUGAUGAUCUGGGUCGCAUCGCUCUCGGCGGCCAUUGACGGCCACCACCAGCACAAGCGCCGUCACAGCAGCAGCAGCAACAACCAACUGCACGACGUGCUCGACUGCGACGCGAUCAUCGACGACCACCCGUCGCCGACGCUGUCCGUUGGCAGCAGCAUGAGCGACACUGACUCGGACGUUGUUGUGGGCGCUGAGGCCCAGUCCAAGGUGGACAUUGCGCGCGAGAUUGCGCGCGAGGCCCAGCUCAUCCUGAUCUCGCCCUACUCGCCCGAGGGCACGACUAGCACCAAAUUUCUAAAAGACACGUCGGCCAAGACGAUGCACCUCGACGCAAUCCGGCACUUUAUCGAAGGGCUCACCGAGUACAUGAUCCAGACACGCAUGCACGAGUUCCGGGCGAUCGCAGGCAUCGACGAGAAUGCCAACAACAGCACGCACGACGACGGCAGCUUUGAACUCAUUGCACAAAUCAUUUCCGAGCAAGUCGAGGAGCGCGUCUUUUACCCGCUGCACCGCAUCGUAUACACGUCGCUCAUGACCAAAACGAAGAAGGACGUUCGGUUUCUCCAAGACCGGCUCGAGCUCUUACGCGCCAAGAAACAAGUGUACUUUGGCAUCACGGCCGUGUCACCGACCGGGUACGCCGCCGCGGUCGCCGUCAUGAACGAAAUCGACGCGUGCUCGCUGCCGUACACCAAGCGCGCCAAACUCGUGCAAGCGUGCAAGACCAUUUAUGCUGUCGCGGCCGCCGAGCACUUGGUGGAGGGCGCCAUGAGCGCCGACGCGUUCAUUCCGGCGUUCAUUUAUGUGGUCGUGCAGUGCCACAUUGAAGACAUUUUGACGCUCAAGGACCUCCUCGUCGCGUUCACGCCGAUGGCCAACCAAGGCGAGACGGCGUACUUUGUCACGUGCCUCGAGAUCGCGAUCGAGUACGUACAGUCGCUCGUCGUACUGCAGGAGCUCGAGCUCGACGGCGACGCGCCCCUCGGCUUCGAGUUUGCAGUCGAAGACCACGUGGUCGUCGUCAACCGCGUGCUCGAGCGGUCGCAGGCGGCGGCGUGCGGCGGCGUUGACAUUGGCGACGUGCUCAUGGCCAUCAACGGCCUCUCGGCCGACGACAAGGAGCUGAUCGAGGUCAAGCGCAUCUUUGAGAGCGUCCAGGGCCCCGUCGCGCUCUCGUUUGUCAAGAAAGACGACUACAAGCGCGUGAAAGCAAGGUGUCAGCUCGGCACAGGAGCGCGGGAGAGCGCCAAGUCGUGA